GGGGCGAGUAAGGCAAGCGGGAGGGACAAACAGUCUUUUCUGUUUGGAGUUUGGUUUCCACGUUAGUGUUUUGGCUGUGUUUGGGUCUACCGGUUGGCGAACGUGAAAUCGGCUGGAAUAUGUCGGCCUUUGAGAAACCCCAAAUUAUCGCCCAUAUCCAGAAGAGCCUCAACUACACGGUGUUUGAUUGUAAGUGGGUGCCGUGCAGCGCGAAAUUUGUGACCAUGGGCAACUUUGCACGGGGCACCGGCGUCAUUCAGCUCUACGAGAUCCAGCAAGGGGACCUAAAACUGCUCCGGGAGAUUGAAAAGGCCAAACCCAUUAAGUGUGGAACAUUUGGUGCAGCAUCUUUACAGCAGAGAUAUUUAGCUACUGGAGAUUUUGAUGGAAACCUUCAUAUAUGGAAUUUGGAAGCUCCAGAAAUCCCAGUAUAUUCUGUGAAGGGCCAUAAAGAAAUUAUAAAUACUAUAGAUGGUGUGGGUGGACUUGGAAUUGGGGAAGGAGCACCUGAAAUUGUUACUGGCAGCCGAGAUGGAACUGUGAAGGUGUGGGACCCUAGGCAAAAAGAUGAUCCUGUUGCUAAUAUGGAGCCUAUACAAGGAGAAAACAAGAGAGACUGUUGGACCGUGGCAUUUGGCAAUGCUUAUAAUCAAGAGGAACGUGUUGUUUGUGCUGGCUAUGACAACGGGGAUAUCAAACUAUUUGAUCUCAAAAAUAUGUCAUUGCGUUGGGAGACAAACAUUAAAAAUGGGGUAUGUAGCUUGGAGUUUGACAGAAAAGACAUCAGUAUGAAUAAAUUAGUAGCUACAUCUCUGGAAGGUAAAUUUCAUGUUUUUGACAUGAGAACACAACAUCCAACCAAAGGUUUUGCCUCUGUUUCAGAAAAGGCUCAUAAAUCUACUGUGUGGCAGGUCCGACAUCUGCCCCAGAACAGAGAGCUCUUUCUGACAGCUGGGGGCGCCGGCAGCCUUCACCUCUGGAAGUAUGAAUACCCUGCUCAGCGGUCCAAGAAAGAUUCUGAAGGAGUAGAGAUGGGAGUUGCUGGUUCUGUCAGCCUUCUGCAGAAUGUUACAUUGUCCACCCAGCCCAUUUCAAGUUUGGACUGGAGUCCAGAUAAAAGGGGUCUCUGCAUCUGCAGUUCAUUUGAUCAAAUGGUAAGAGUACUGAUUAUUACAAAACUCCAUAAAAUGUGACCUGAAGAUUUUGGACUGAAAACCUUCUAGAGUACACACUCAGAAUUUAAACCAUGUUCUGGGAUCCUUUGACCCUUGUUGAACAAAGUUGGAUGUGACUGAUGAAAAAAAGGCCUCAGUGCAAACUUGUGGACUGGCUUCUCUCUGGGGGGAAAGCCAAGCUCCAUGUUUGUAUGAACUUGUUUGUGCUGGACACAGGCUUGCUGCUGUGCAUGGGGCAUCACCAUUUCCCAGGCCCACUCUGUUCCUUUCCUCCUGUUUGUUUCUAAUGAAAAGUUGAUACUUGUCUAUAUUUAACAUAUUUCAAGUUUGCUUGGCAUCCCCAAGUUUUAUAUCUUAUCAUCACACUGGUGUAGCAUUUCAGUGUUUGCAUUGCUGAAGUAUGGGGUCACUCAGUUUAGUUUUAUAUGAUUUACCAUUAAGACCUCUGGGAAUUAACCUUCAAAAAUAUAUUUGGAGAGAUUUCAGUAUCAGUAAGUUUCUUCUAAGAACCUUACUUUAUAAAAUACUAGAUUUGUGUAACAUCAUCAGCAGUUUAAUUCAUUCAUAAAUGAAAUACUCUGAAUUAAAAAGACCUUUUUACUUAAAAAACAACAGAUUGAGACUUGGUUGUUGACUGUGGUUAAUACUGAGAUGUACGAUAUUGUGGGGAGGGAGUUGUAGCCUUAUUUUUUCAAAUAUUUUUAUAUAUUUUAUGAAUAAAUUUCUGU